AUGAAUUAUCAACAGCAGAUUGAUAACAUUGUGUCCACUGCCAAAUUUGGAGACUUGAUUGAAUUUUCCUACCCACUUGGAUAUUCGCACUGGGCCGUCUAUGAUGAUGAUGGACAUGUAAUCCAUUUUGCGGUUGCAGAUGAGAAGCAACUAAUGACAACUGUUCGUACUUAUCUGCAAAAAAUCAUGCCAGUAUGUGGGGACCUUCUCCUUGGAGAAACCAAGAUUCGCAGAGUCCCUGUUGGUGAGGUCAAUGUCCCACAUGGAGCCCAUGUGUUGGUCAGUAACAAUCGCCAUGCCUUCACACCUUCAGCACCUGAGGAUAUGAGGCUACGCCGUGACGCCCUUCUCAAUCAAUCCCUUCCAUAUAACCUUUUUACUCUAAACUGCGAGCACUUUGCCACUUUCAUACGCUACGGGAAAGCUGUGUGCAACCAGAUCCCUGCAAAACCCAAGAAUGAAGAGUGCACAGGAGCAACUACAGUUUUCAAAGACAUUGUCAACUCAAAGCAAACUGAUUAG